UACCAUAGAAAACCGGAGCAUCACAACAAACCGGUGUGUAACCUCGCCGUGACAACAGUAGGAGCGCGACACUGCCAGAAUGACUAUGGAUUCUAUGAAAAUGGAAUUACCUGCUUUUGGUGAGCGUGUAUUUCAGGCGGAUUAUAUUCAGAAGAAAAGGCAUCGAAGGGGUAAGGUGGAGUACCUGGUCAAAUGGAAGGGAUACUCAGUCAAACAGAGCACAUGGGAGCCAACGGACAAUAUUUUGGAUCCCUUGCUGAUAGCAGAGUUUGAUUCCAAGAGGGAGGAGUGGAGGAAGAAACAGAGGAUGCUGAGGAAGAAGAGGAAACUGCGUUUGGCCAGCGCCGAGCAGUUGAGUGACACAGCUGAGAGCGAGCAGGAGGAGCUUGUCAUCAGCCCACCCACCAAGAAGCGGGUACAGUCGCAGGAAAACCUGUGGCCGUACCUGCCCUCGGACAGGCUACCCCUGCUGUGGGGCAGCCCCCCACGGGCCAUCAAACAGAGAAAGGUCAAACAGAAACAGCACAGCAGUCGCUCCCGAGGGGGUAGUGACGCCAAGGACAAGUCCGAGCGGAGUAAGUCCAAGAAGUCCAGGAAAGAGUUGUGUAUGAUAAAGGAGGAGAAUGAGAAAAGGGAGGAAGAGGAGGAGGAUGAUGAUGACGUUGAAGAUGAUGAUGAAGAAGAUGAGGACAAAUGGUCCAGCUCGGAGUGCUGGGAAGUGAAGUACUCCCCCACCCUCACCUCCUCCCCGGGAGAGCCUAAUGUCCUGAGGGUGCACAGAGUGCGGUCAGACAUUGAUUACGUCGACCGAGAACUCAGCCCCUGCAACGACAUCCUCUCUGAGAAAAAAGAGCACCAAUUCAACAACAACACCAUCAAGAGUAGCAACAACAACAUCUACUCAGGCGCAGACCAGACAACAGCGUACGACCUGAGCGCCCACAGCACCACUACCACCAGCAACAGUUCCUCCAACAACCCACUCUCCAGGAGAUUGUCCAACGAAGACGACGAGGAUGACUGGAACUUCGGCACAAAUUACCAGAACCAAGUCAACAAGGAACGGGAACGUCUGGAAGCUCAAAUCCUGAAGGAAGAUCUUGAAUGCCAACAGUCUGAAAUGUCGCAGUGCCACCCUGGCGGCAGUCAGCAGCCGUACGCCAACGUGGACCAAUACCACCACAAAAAACUCCAUCAUGCCAAACGUCGAAACACACUCGACGCAGCUCAGAAUAUCACAAUCACAGAUGUCAACUGCCACCAGGUGAAGGUCACAUUUGUUGAAAGUGCUUCUGGGCAGGGGUUCUUCAAGGAAAUGCAGACAGCUCGGACGGGCUGAAACAUCUGACCACCCCACCCCUGGUCUCCCGUCUCGGCACCCAACAGAACCAGCAAGUCUCGGAGUCAAGAAAUAUUCAACUUUUUACUUGAGUUACCAUGUGCAAUCUGAUAGAAAAAAUCAGCACCAAUCAUUUGUUUCUUUUUUGCUCUUGAUUAAAAGUUGGAGAAAGAUUGUGAUCGUGAGAGAUUUCCCAUUAUGGAGAAAGAUUGUGAUCGUGAGAGAUUUUCCCAACAUGGAUAUGUUCAACUCACUCCAGGCCACACUAAAUGUAACAGAAAAUCUUGGAUAUGUACGUUCCCGUUUAUGUUGUGGAUUAUUUUGGAUUAUUUUCUGGCACUGUCCGUGAUGCUUUUUGCACAAGUGACAAGUUUUGAUCCUUCCAUCGCAGGAUUACGUUUUCACCGGAUUGGAUCAUCCACUGUUCCAGCACUACAACCUGCACUGUUACUCAUGUCAUCUUUGAUGUGAAGACUUCAUCCGUUCAUGUCAUCUUUGAUGUGAAGACUUCAUCCAUUCAUGUCAUCUUUGAUGUGAAGACUCACCUAUUCAUCUUUUUUUUUGAAGACUAUCACUUAUUACAUCUUUGAUGUUAAGACUUCAUCAACUCAUGUCUUUUGAUGUGAAGCAACGUCUGUUCUAGUUAUCUAGGAUGUGAAGAACUCAUCACUGUUUUAAUCAGCUUCUUGAUUUAACAUAAUUAUCUUCAAGUACUGAAGGCCGUUCUUAAAGCUUGAUUGACAGUUCAUCAAACCCAUCCCUUGACCCAGGAACCAAUCAGACCAUGACCAGUCGACUAAAACCACAGUUCCAUUUAUUUAUUUUUGUGGAUCUCAGCUGUGCAUGUAUUUUCUGUGCCCCGCCCCCUGAUGUUUUCAAUGCGUGUUGCCCACUGCCAUACGUGAAAGUGCUAUGUUCCUACCGAGCCAAUGCUUUUCGUUUACUUUGUUCUGGUUUAAAAAAAAUAUUACCUUACAAAAAUGUUUUCUCCUGCAAUAUCAUCUUUUUUCUAUUACAUUUUUUAGCAACUUUAGAUUAUCUACAAAUUGCCUUCAUUGCAAGAAAAUCUUUGUGUAUAUAUAUGGAUUAACUCCCAAGCCAGCUUUGCAUUGACUCGACAUGUUAUUAUAGCUUGAAUCCUGCAUAGGUUUCAAAUAUUUCAUUUAAAUUAAAUUUAAUACCAAAUUUACUUUGUCUUUUUUCAAGAAAUUGUAUUGGAAAUUAUUUUAUUUCACCUUCUUAAGAAAGAAAAAUUUGAGUAUUGUUAAACCACAGGCAAGUAAAUGUGGGCAAAAACAUUCGCAUUUCUGUUCUGUUUUAUUUAAGAUAAAAAAAAGUAUAUUUUAAACCACUAUCUAAGAUAAUUGUAAAAAUAUGUGUUGAUGUCUAAUAAUGAUUUAGCAGGAAUAUUUUUGUAUUUUCUAGCAGUGUCAACAGUCUUUCAGUUUGAAUGUUAAGUUACACGCGCAAGAUAUUCAAAUGGUCAAAUAUUUUUUUAAAUAGUAUCUCUUCAUCACUGUACAUUUAAGAUAGUGCACUUAAAUCUUUUUAAAACUAAAUGACAGGAAAGAAACCUUUGUUGUCAGAACAGUUAUAUUCCAAAAUCUUUUUUUUUAUUGUUGAGAUCUAAUCAGGAAUACAUGUUUUAUAUAGCCAGAAAUAGUUUAGCAAAUAUGAAUGUAAUUUAACAUUUAUGACACGUAGUCUACCAAUUACCAGAACUAGAAAUAAUUUACCAACUACCAGAAAUAAUUCACUAACUAUCUGAAAGACGUCGGCCUUCUGCUUGAAAACACAUAGGCUGAGUGUUUCACAGACUCAUCCAAGUUAGGAGCCACAUUAAGAGUACGUUAGCCCUCAUAAGUUGCUAAGUGAGUUUAAAUUAUGUCUGUCAGCAGCCUAUGUUUGACAGCAGGCUGUCAUUCUAUUUUCUUCUAUCUUAGCUCAAAAGAUGCAAAUCACAUCAAAAUUAGAUUUUAGAGAAAAUUCAAUGCUGCAUAAAAGCUGUUUUCAAACCUAAGAUAAUGCAGUUUAAAGUUUAAACUACUUUUCCAUAUAAUAGUUAUCCAGAGUCAGUCCAAAUAAUAUUAACCUAUUGAAUCUGAGAAAACAAUUUAACAAGCUAGAAACGUAAGCUUUUGUUAGCCUUUGAUGGAAAAUAUACAUCUACCAAAAGUGUUAAAAAUCAGAAGAUAUUAACCGCCGGAAUCUGUGAAAUCAGAUUUUGAUUGGCUAAACCAGUCUGUUAUAAUGAGAAGAUAUUGAUUGCCUAAAUCUAAAGUAUUACAAUCAAGAUGAAAUUGAUUGCCUCUACCCCACACCCCCACUACCCUUUUAUUGUUACAAAUUGUGCAAAAACAAAAUUGGAAUACUUAGUCUUUCAAAGAAGUAAUAAAAAUUUAUCUGUACAAAGUUUGAGUAACAUUUGUUGUUGUUGAAUCCUUGUUGAAAGUUGUUGACAUUGCUUUACUGUAAAGAUAUUUGAGACAAACCAUACAAACUUGAGUGGCUUACCAGUAGCUCUUGGUACAUUUUUGUUACUGUUCAUUUUAAAAUGGGAAAUUCCCUUAAAAGUUAGGGAAUUCCCCAUUUUAAAAUAUAUUUUUUCUUCACUGACUUCACAGCUUCCAUUGGCAUUGGUUUAAGGUUGUUUAAAUUUGUGCUACUGUUCAGUGGAUGUGAUGAUACACAAAUCCCCUACAUACAUUGUACUUGAAUUUUUUCAGUUAAAUCUCUAAAAAAAUUAUAUACAUGAAAUUAUUGAAAAAAAACAAUGUUUUUUUUUUUUUUAGAAAUUGUAGGGUUGGUUUUUGUAGAGUUAUAACACCUAUUUCUACCUGUACAUUGGCCUUGUUAAAAUCAUUCCUUAUGCUAUUAAUGGAAGCCUGCUAUGAUGACAUGAGAUGUCGAUACAAAGACACAUCAGUGACACCAGUUCUGAAAUACUUUCUCCGUUACCUUUGUGCAUAAUAUUUGCAACACUGUUGAGAAACAUAGGUUCUUAAGUUUAAAAAUAAACAUUCACAAGUCUUAAGAAUUGUAAUGAUCAAUAUUUUAAAAAAAAAAUAUAUUUCAUUAAAACUGUUUUUUAAAAAAGCACAAGUCUACCUUUGAAAAAAAAAAGAAUGUCAUAAAAUGAAAUUUUUUUGUUUAAGAAGGAAUUCAAGUUUUAGAAUAUAAAAUAUUUUCUUGUACCCCAGCUUAGAUAGAUAUUACACAUUUAAUUAAUUUUGAUGACAAACUGCAGGUUGGUUCCAUUUUUGUCAAUUUAAAUUCAAUCUAUUGAUUGCAAUUUUUGUAUUCUCUGCAAAUCUUGAUUUAUUUCUUUUAAAAGGUUUUUUUUUUCAAUGUUUUUUAAAAGCUUUUCACCCCUGGGGAUAAAAUUAACGAUUGAGUCUAAUUUCAAUCAAUGCCUGUGUAGAGCAAUCAGUGGUUAUAUAUAGUUUAAUCACUGUUUGUAUAGUUUACUUUUUUUCUUUGUAAAAAAAAAAAUGUAAAAAAAAAAAAAAAGAUUUCAUUUUCCUGUUGACAUCUUUUGAAAUAUCGCGCACCGGAAAUGACCCCGAUAUAUCCGGGAAUUUCCUCUGGCUCGGUGUAAUGAUUGAUGUAUUAAACGAUGGAUGUUUAGAAGUAUUAUUUUAUUUGUAGUUAGUUGGUAAACCAGAAGAUAAUGGUUGAUUUGUAUCGUGAGGUCACGUGAUUCAAUGGGGCUUGGACAAAUCGUGGCUUGAGUAGGUGAUUUGUGUAGAGGCAUACAGUGGUCACUUCUAUAGAGGCAUACAGUGGUCACUUCUAUAGAGGCAUACAGUGGUCACUUCUAUAGAGGCAUACAGUGGUCACUUAUGUAGAGGCAUACAGUGGUCACUUCUGUAGAGGCAUACAGUGGUCACUUAUGUAGAGGCAUACAGGGGUCUCGUGUAGAGGCAUACACUGGCCCCCAAUGAUCACGUGUAGUGAUCAUGAUAUACAAUGACCACAUAGUGACGUGUUUUACAAGCCACUGUAAAGAAGAAUCGAACGAGCAAUGUAAACAACUUGUUCUUUCCCUUUGUAAACUUGUCGAUGUAUGUACCUCAACACACCAAGCUCCGUGAUCUGAGGUCAUCCAUUUGUAAUCCACAUUCAAUUCUAAUCCACCACUACGGAUUAAAACUAAUCUGUGAGUGGGAAAUUUGAGGUUAAAUAUAGCCUAUAUAUAAAGUUGUUACCGGUAGUUGAAAUAAUUACACAGGUAAUGAUUUGUACUAGAAUAGUCAUAGACACAUUAUAGUAUCAGUUCUUUAUGCACUGGUAUACCAUUUUUUUUAUUGACCACGAUUCUGACAGGAAUAUACAGACCACAAAGAACAUGUACACCACAAACCAAACAAGACCACAUAGACCACCAUUCAAACAGACCACAACAUACAAGAACUUAUACAAGAACAUACAGACUACAACACACACAAAAACACGCAGACCACAAUUCAUUUAGAAUGUACCACAUUCUAUAUCAUGCAGGGAUGUGACUUUUCCGAAUUUUAGCGGAAAUCCGAUUUUUCCGUUUCAGUUGCGAUUUUCCUCCGCUGAUUUGAUUUUCGCCGAAUUUUUCCGCCGAGUUUCAAUUUUUAUCGAUUUUUUACGAAACUUUAAAAAUUAGGAAAAAAAAAACGGAAAUGUCUUCUACGGAAAGGGCCGACAUGCUCAUUCCACUUAUUCGUAUUUAAAUUUAAAUCGACAACUACUGUACUUAGGUCAAACGGACACGCGAAUAUGCGCAUUUCUUUUCGAUUGGUCGAUUUUUUCAAAGCACACUUUUUUUAGCCCAAAUUUUCCGCUGAUAUUUUCAGUUAACUAUUUAACAAAAACACGGAAAAGGUAAUCUAAAAUAAUGCAGUUAUUUAAUUAAAACUUACAUCUCUUAAGCCUGGUAAUCUAGCUAUCGAUAUAGCCUAAUUUACCUAUCGGUAUUUUAACCCGCCUAAAUCUACAGUUUCUCUCUGAUUCUAUUUUAUUUCGCAAUCUCAAAUUAAUAUUGAAAUCCUUGCAAAAGGUGACUAUGAGGACUAGACUAACCCGCCCCGCCUCGUAGCAACGGUGGCUCUUGUGACCUCACCUUGACCCCAAGUACGUUUUCGGUACUGCUUGUGGAAAAAAAAUGACGUCACAGUCAAUUUCUAAUAGCUGUUCCUGAAAUUACGUAUGCUUCGUAGGCCUACAGAUAAAAAAAAUAUACUAAACUCAACGUGACUACGACCGUGUCUUGUUUGUGGAAGAAAAAAUACGUUCAGACUGUGGGGGGAGUCUGGCUUUUGUAGGAGAGAGGGGAGGUAAAUAUCGUCAAAAAAAACGUGGAUGACCCCUAACAAUUUACAGCUAUUCCUAAAAAACAAAAAUAUCGAUGUGGCUUGGUUAUCAUAAUGAAAUUGGUUCACACGUCAGACCCUUUCUAAUUUUAGCUAACCUGGUCCAUUUCAUUUUUCCAUCACAUGAACCUAAAACUUUCAAAUUGUAACUAAUCUUAAUCUAGGGUCUUUACAGUUGAAGACAAAUAUUUUUACCAACCCAAUCUUUAAAAGAAUAUAUGUUAGGCUUUUGGCCCCCUAUUUAAAACAGGGGUACAUCUAGAAUCUACACUAGAUUAGUACAGAUUAAAUUAGCUUAAUGGUAAAAUAAAACUUAAUUGCUACUUUUGUUACAUUGUAAUUUUUAAAAAGUUGUUUAUAAGGUAAACAUUAAAUUGCAAUUAGACUAGACUUUCAAUGUUAUUUUAGAGUAACAUAAACUUCUUGUAUUUAAAAUAUUAACUUCAUUAAACAAUUAAUUAGUACAGUAACAGUAUAAAGCUGCUUAACCGCGAUAAAAAGUAGAUAAAACAUAUUGAGUUAUUAUCCGAAAAAAAUUUCCUAAUUUUUUUUCCUGGUCUGGUCACAUCCCUGAUCAUGCAAACCACACCAACAUGUCACAUACACCAGACCACGCCCCCGAAGUACUUUAAUUGCAUUGAAUAUUACUAUUUUUGUGAUUGUGAUUCUAAUAAAAAUAUUCGUAUUUUCA